AAUCAGUUUCUAUUUUAGAUUUAAUUAAAUACACAUAAUACCCAUAAGUUUGAAGUUUCUUCAAACCCCUUUUUCAGUUUGAAUGUUUAAUGAAAUUUUAAAACUAAUCUAAUAAAAUCAGAGAUGUAAGUCUGUGCCCAAAAUUAUAUGUUGCAGAUGUGGUUUGUGUUUCCCUCUUGGAAAAAUAAUAUUUUUGUCUUGAAGAUUACAUAAUAGGGUGUUACUUUUUGUCUUUUUAUUUGAAAAUCAUAGCUGGGGAGCUACGUUCCCAAUCCCAAAUUUGAAUGAGUUUCGGUGGAAUGAAAAUUCUCUGAAAACAUGAAAGAAGAAAAAGGAAAGCCAUAGGUAUGCUUGAUUCUCUAUCUAAAAGCAAAUGGAGAACAAAAAAAAUCUAAAUAUGGAGAAUAGUGAGGUAAGUCUUGAGCAUGAGGAAUCCACCUGUUUCAAGAGGAAGACUCCGGCACCCCCAUCUGUCAUACAUCUGGCAAUGAUUUAUUGGUUUGGAUCAAGCAACAAAUACUAAAUUUUGGAGGUGAGCUGAUGAGUUUGGGUACGCAGUGUAAGCCAUGGCCAAACCUCAAAACCCCAAUUCCACGCAAAACCUACCUUCUUCUUCAACACCUACUAAGGUUUCUGGUGAAAUCGGAAGCGGCAACACCAGCUACUCCGCCCCAAAGCCCCAUUUCCCUAAUCCUCCCGAUCCCACAAAUCCCGACCCAGCUGCCCUCCGAGAGCAGUGGAGAUACGCGAUCCGACAGUACAGCAAAUGGUAUUCUCACGCCUGGGGCACCGCCAUUCUCGCUGGCCUUUCCUUCUUUGCCCUUGGUUGGAUCAUCAAGGGCUCCAAUCCUCUCCCCUCUCGACAGGAUGACUCUCCUGCACGCCCUUCCUCUUCUUCUACUUCCGAUGACGGCGAUGUUGGCCGCUGAUGGGUAAUUAACCACACAAUGGAAGGUAUUACCGAGCCACUCAGGGGGCCCAUACUUUGUACUUGACGGGUUAAGCUGACUUCAAUGUUGGGAACAAUUGAAUUAUGGCUUGACAGGGUAACUUUUUGGAAGAUGAUAAUGUUGAAUGUGCUGUGUCAUUUGAAUGGUAUUGUUGAUUCAUUACAAAAGGUUCAGUUGUCCUUAUAUUGUUGAAAUCUCAUUAUUCUAGUUUGUAUUAAUGAAAACACAAAGAAGAAAUUGCAUCCCAAGUAGAAUAUUCUAGUAUAUUGUAGCUUAACAAAAUCCAAAAAACUUCAUGAGUUUUGAUAUUACAGGGAAAAUGGAGUUAGAUUGAGUGGAUACCUGCAAUCAUAUUUUGACCCUUGUAUUGUAUUGUUUAAGGUUUUAAAAUGACUUAAAAGGAAAGUUGAUUUAGGUUUGUUGUGAAAUCUUGGGAGUACAGGGCAUAACGUUCAUAACCUAGAAUAUGAAAUUCUGUGCAUGGAUAUAUCUUUGCCCAAUGGUUAUGACUGUGAUCAUGGUUGAUGAUUAUUGUUCUUAUCCUGCUAAACAAACACAGAAUAUAUCAAUCAAUGUCUUGGAGUUGAUUAAUAUGGAACACUUCACGCAAUCAUACAUUUGCUUGUAGAGAACA